GCAACUCUGAUCAGUGGCGACGCAGCGGCGCCGCCGGUCGCCGCGGCCGAGCGGGUCACUGCGGGUGGGCUGUGGUGACAUUCGGUGUGUGAGUGAGUAUCCGUGGAGUGAUGUCGGUGUCGCUGCUCGGAUGGCUGUGGUGGCCGGCGGCCGUGCUGGUCACCGUCCUCGGCGGAGCGGCGGCGCUCCUCUACUGGUGGAUGACGCGCAACUACGACUUCUGGUCCUCCCGCGGCGUGUCCGGUCCGCCGCCCAAGUUCCCCAAUGGACACGGGAUCCCGAACCCACGCGACUUUCACUCCGUCGAGCGUGCGCUCUACGAGGAUUUCGGUGGAAAGCGCUACUGCGGCCUGUUUGAGUUUCGCCAGCCGGCGCUCUACGUCGGAGACCCCGAGCUGAUUUGCGCAAUCACCAUCAAGGACUUUGAACACUUCACUGAUCGGCGAGACCUGGUGCUCAGCAAGUGCAUGGAGGAAAUGCUAGUUUCUUUGAGUGGGCGUCGAUGGAAAGCGCUACGUGUAGCCAUGUCACCCGCCUUCUCAUCCAGCAAACUGCGAGCCAUGCAUCAGCUCUGCCUGGAGACGGCCAACAAUCUCAGUGACUAUGUGCGCGAAACAAUGGCCCGGGACGGAAAGGUAGAAUUGAAGGACGCAUUUGGCCGUUUCACCAUGGACAACAUCGCUGCCUGUGGCUUCGGAGUCGACUGCAACUCGUUCGGUGACCCGAACAGCGAGUUCACCAGGUACGCGUCGCAGUUCUUCAAACCGCUGAGCGGCUACGACAUGUUCCGGCUGCUGGUGCUCUCCAUUUUUCCGCGUCGUAUCGGGAACCUGUUGCCGGACCGGGCCGAGCCGGCGGGCGCCUUUUUCCAGCGCGUGGUGAUGCGCACAAUCGCGCACCGGGCGGAGCACGGCUCCGGCCGGCGCGACUACCUCCAGUUGCUGCUCGAGAUCAAGAGCGGCACGGGCGAGCGGGCUAUCAGCGACUCGCUGAUUGCUACCCAGGCGGUCAUGUUUCUGGUCGGCGGCUACGACACCACCGCCAGUCUGCUGACCUGCGCCGGCUACGCGCUGGCCACCAACGCCGAGGUGCAGCAGCGCGCACAGCACGAGAUCGACCAGGUGCUGGCUCGUCACGGCGGCCACCUCACGUUCGACGCGCUCUCUGAGAUGCAUUACAUGGACCUGGUGGUCAGCGAGACGCUGCGUCUGUACCCGCCCUUUAUGCGGAUUGAGCGGCAGUGCGUGCGUGAGUAUACGCUGCCGGGCACUGAGCUGACCAUUCCACCCGGCACGCUGGUCAUCAUGCCGGUGCUUUCGCUGCACCGCGACCCGGAGUACUACCCGGAGCCGCUGCGGUUUGACCCGGACCGCUUCCUGCCGGAGGAGAAGGAGCGGCGCCGUGCCGGCGUCUACCUGCCGUUCGGCAGCGGGCCGCGCGGCUGUCUGGCGCAGCGGUUCGCGCUGUUCGAGGCUAAACUGGCGCUGGUGGCCGUUCUGCGCGGCAGCACGCUGACGCCGGCCGCCGGCACGCCGCCACCGCCGCUACCGCUCGACCCCGGCGCCGUGGUCGCCACGCCCAGAGAGCCCACCUUUGUCCAGGUGCUGCCACGUCACAGCGGGUGAACGGGUCGGACUAUCGGACCGUGGCACCCAGCGAUACGGUCCCAAAGUGCGAGAUUAUAUUGGUGCAUUGACGCUAUUCUUAGCAAUCGUACAACGUGAUGCAGAGCGCGAUUCGGUCGUGCAUGCGAUCACAACACGGCCGUGCAUGCUGCCCCGCGGAUUUUGUUUCUCCAUCGACUAUGCAUCCAGAUUGGUUCUAGACUUCCCGGUGCCUGCAGUCGCACAUACACUGAUGAAUUACUUACCUGUGUGCUCCCCCGUCAAGUUUCCUGAACUAAAAUGUAGUUUUUCUUGGACAUGAUAUACAUGUCAGAGCAAUAUUUUGAUAUUGGUUGAAUAUAAGUUUGGCGCGCAUAAUA